AUGAAAUCGCCGACAGAAAACACGCACACAAACGGAAAAAAAACACUCAUUGGCUUGUGUUCCACCUCCUGCUUCCUACUGUCUGUCGUUUGCUGUAUCGCACUGUUUCACGUGGAAUUCAGAAUACACGAGCAACAUCGACUCAUAUCACAGUUGGAAACAUUCCGUCAAGAGAUUCAAAGAGAAGUCGCUCAAGUUAAACAGGAUUGUAAAAAAGGGAGAGUAACCAAAAGCAACCAUCCCGACUUUUGGCAAAAUACAAAAGGUGGGUGAAAACGAACAGAAAGUGGAUAUAGGUGACUUUUUGCUAAACCAUGGUUUAUCCUUUCACGUGGUUUAACUAGUAAACAUCGUCGGAGAAACCAAGUUUUUCAGUUACGCAUUGGAAUCAACUACAGAGUACAGGGCCAUAUUAAUUUUUAAGUUUUAAAGAACACAGAAAGGGAUAUAUCUUAGUGGCUCGGUGGCUCGUCAUUCGAGGUUAGCAUCUUAAAGAACGAGAGAGUCAUACCGCUAAAUUCCGAAAAUAAGCCCCGGGGCUUAUUAAUUUCAAAGGCACUUAUUGAGGGGCUUAUCUACGGAGGGAAAUUUGCGUUUCAAAAUCGAUUGGGCUAGCCGUAUACUUGGAAGUAAAUUUACCGUUUUUGCUUUGUUUUACUUUGUAUUUGAGGGCAAUUUUGCAAGUACAAGCCCCUCCGGGGGCUUAUAUUUGGAGGGGCGAUUUAACGGAGGGUUUUUUGCGUUACCGAAUUGGGGGGCUUAUACAUGGAGGGGCUUAAUUUCGGAAUUUUACGGUAUUUUAGUGGCUCGCGGGCUCCGUCCCAACGAAUAUACCUAGAAAAUUGGCCCUGUAUUCUGUAUUCUGUUAUUUAGCUUUUCAAAAAACUGUGCGAGCUUAUAAUGCUAAUAUUAGAACACUACGUACAUUUUUCAAGGUCGCAAAGUUAUAUACAGAGAAAAACGUGAUUCAUCAGAUGCCUCUCAAAACAAAUCGGUUACAAAAGCCUUCGAAGUAAAAAAGCUGAUCAAAAAAGAGCUUCGCCUGAUGCAGAAUAAAAUCUGUGCCAAAGACGAAAAGCUCUGUCGACCAGGACCAAAAGGUAACACUGGAAGACGGGGAAGACGAGGACCCCAAGGUAUACCGGGCCCCAGAGGGAGAUCCGGCCCAGCAGGGCCUCCCGGUAAAAAUGGAUCAAUAGGACCACAGGGACCAAUGGGUAUAAAGGGGGAUCGCGGAUUGCCAGGUCUGCCAGGAUCUCCCGGUCCCAGAGGUCCGCCUGGUGAGAAAGGCGCACCCGGACAAUCCAUCUCAGCUCCCUCCUUGUUACAGCCUCCUGUUGAAACGACAAUCAAUGCAAGUCUGACAGCCAUCUUGAAAUGUACAGCGGCUGGAAAUCCUCCUCCCAAGGUCACAUGGCUUAAGGUGAACUCAACACUUCCUGUCGGACGUCACGUUGUAGAGUCCAGUGGCGCUCUGAUUCUUCAGGAUAUUAGACCUGAAGACGAGGGCCAGUACACCUGCAAAGCUGAAAAUUUGAUGGGAACCAUCAACGCCAGCGCACGGCUAACAGUGCAGUGUAAGUUGCAUUUCAUUCUUCAAGAUUUCAAGACGUUUUUUUUAUCUCUCCCUAACACAUUUUCUGACAUGCUGUAGGAGUAUUCUAACGAACACCUACAGAUGGUCUAUUCUUGCCGUUCUUCAGUUACUCCCUCUAACUUUCAUUAUAAGAUGCACAACUCUCUAAAGCGAUCGGUUAGCAAUAGUCGCAGCGGUGUGAUGCAGUAUUUUGUUUGCAGAAUAAACGUGAUUUUCUACUUCUUGUCAGUUCCACCCUUUAUUAAAUUGUCAUCAAAUCACCUGAUUAGCAACUAGGAAACUGCAGCAGCGUAAAUGAAAAACUAUAGUAUAAAGUUAUUUCGAUGAAUUUGAUUCAUUAGUCGUGACCGUUUUAAAGAAACCAAUGAACUGCAGAGAAGUCCUAAUCAAGAGGAAACAAGUUACUUUGUUCUUGAGGUUGAGACCAAUUUCCUUGGCAUUGACUGCAUACGACUGGUGAACUGCAAUAGAACUAACCAUUUAGGAAGUCUAGUUUUAGAAAUAGUGGAGAGAAUUUUGUCACCUGAAUGAUAGCGUAUUUUUUCUCAUUUCUUGCUAGUUGGUCCCCAGAUAUUUUUGUCAUCAAAUCGCCUGAUGGCUGAACAAAACCAAAACGUCACUAUCGUCUGCACUGCCACUGGUCAGCCUCAACCCACGAUCACGUGGUCCAAGUUAGGAGGAGUUUUGCCAAAAGGAAGAACUGAAGAGAUGAACAAAGCCCUAAAGAUCUAUCAAGUGACAAGAGACGAUGGUGGAAUAUACACGUGUAAAGCAGAUAAUAUCCUGGGAUCAGCGAUAGCUAUGGCUCAGUUGAUGGUUUUUUCGCCUCUUAGGUUCAAAGUUCGACCACCUCAAGAACUAACUCCUGUGGUUGGCUCAACUGUUCGCCUCCCAUGUGUGGCCGAGAGUGACCUGAGACCUACUCUCACCUGGACAAAAGACGACUCUAUACUUCCGGUUGGUUCAAGGAUUCUGCAAGACAACACUCUAGUUCUUGGGAGCAUCAAAAUAUCACACAAAGGAUCUUACACCUGUAGAGCGAGUAAUCCUUUGAGAACAAUAGAAAUCAAAGUGAAACUCAAUUUUCCAGCUGCUGCUUCCUGUUCUUUGAUCAGAAAACACGACAGUAGCGCAAGCGGAAAUUACGUCAUUGAUCCAGAUGGCGAGGGCGGUCUGGCACCCUUUACUGUUUAUUGUGAUAUGACAGCUAAGAAUGGGGUUGGCGUGACGGUCAUCAGUCACGACAGUGAAAGCAGAACAUCCGCGAAAGGAUACGAAAGUUAUGGUGCUUACUCACGAGAUGUUCGUUACAAAGGAGCGAGUGUAUCUCAGCUGGCGAGUCUCACUAGAGUUUCCUCGCACUGUGAACAAUUUAUCAAGUAUGACUGUUACGGUUCGGUUCUGCUUUACAACAACGUUUUACAUGGAUGGUGGGUGUCACGUGACUCUACAAAGAUGCGGUACUGGGGUGGAGGAUCAGGCAAUGGUAAGUGCGCAUGCGGGAUGACUAACUCGUGUGCAAAUCCGAGUUAUGGCUGUAACUGUGACAAGAAUGACGAUGUAUGGCGUGAAGACAGCGGUCUCCUCACUGACAAGACCAAGCUUCCUGUAAUACAACUCAGGUUUGGCGAUACUGGUGACACCAAAGAACAAGGUUACCACACACUCGGAAAACUUAAGUGCUUUGGAAGAGCAUAA